GCGGGGCGAUGGCGAGCAGCGGAGGCGGCGGUAACACCGGCGCGGGCGGGGGACCCGGCCUGAGCCUCGGCCUGGGCCUGGGUUUGAGCCUCGGCAUGGGUGAGGCCACCGGCGAAGCGGAGGAGGAGGCGGCCGCGGCCGAGGCGGUGGGACGCCUGGCCACGACGCUGUGGCUGCGGCUCCGCGGCUGGGAGGCGGUGCUGGUGGCCGCGCAGCGGCUGCUGGUGUGGGAGAAGCCGCUGCACAGCCUGGUCACGGCGGCCGCGCUCAACGGCCUCUUCUGGUUACUGUCUUCGUCGUCCCUUCGGCCCUUCUUUCUGCUCAGCAUCUCACUCUUGGCCUAUUUUCUCCUGGAUCUUUGGCGGCCUCGCUUCUUCCCCGAUGUCUCAGCAUCAUCCCCAGAGGAGCCACACUCUGACAGUGAGGGUGCGGGGUCAGGCGCCCGGCCGCACCUGCUGAGUGUGCCCGAGUUGUGCAGAUACCUGGCUGAGAGCUGGCUCACCUUCCAGAUUCACCUGCAGGAGCUGCUGCAGUACAAGAGGCAGAAUCCAGCUCAGUUCUGUGCUCGAGUCUGCUCUGGCUGUGCUGUGCUGGCUGUGCUGGGGCAUUAUGUUCCAGGGAUUAUGAUUUCCUACAUUGUCUUGCUGAGUAUCCUGCUGUGGCCCCUGGUGGUUUAUCACGAGCUGAUCCAGAGGAUGUACACUCGCCUGGAGCCCCUGCUCAUGCAGCUGGACUACAGCAUGAAGGCAGAAGCUGAUGCCCUGCAUCACAAGCACGACAAGAGGAAGCGACAGGGGAAGAAUGCACCCCCAGGAAGUGAUGAGCCGCUGGCAGAAACAGAGAGUGAAAGCGAGGCAGAACUGGCUGGCUUCUCCCCAGUGGUGGAUGUGAAGAAAACAGCCCUGGCCUUGGCCAUCACAGACUCGGAGCUGUCAGAUGAAGAGGCUUCAAUCUUGGAGAGUGGUGGCUUCUCGGUGUCCCGGGCCACAACUCCACAGCUGACUGAUGUCUCAGAGGAUUUGGAUCAGCAGAGCCUGCCAAGUGAGCCAGAGGAGGCCCUGAGCCGGGAGCUAGGAGAGGGCGAGGAGACAGAGCUGGCCCCUCCCGAAGACCUGCUGCCACCCCCUCAGACCCUCUCAAGGCAAGGCCUGGACUUGGAGGAAGCGGAGGACAAUGUGGCAGCCAGGGAGACCUUGCUGCGGCUCUCGUCCCCCCUUCACUUCGUGAACACGCACUUCAAUGGGGCAGGGUCCCCUACAGAUGGAGUGAAGCCCUCCUCUGGAGGACCAGUGGAGAUACUGAGCCCGGAGGCAGUGAGUGUUGAACUCACCACCGCACCCAGCACCCUGUCACCCCUACUCUCCCUUGCUGAAAGUGACCCAGUUCCCUCCCCCUCAGGGCUCCCCGCUCUUCCCCAGGACUUAGCCCAGCCCCUUCCUGCCCCUGAGGAAGAAGAGGCGCUCACCACUGAGGACUUUGAGUUGCUGGAUCAGGGGGAGCUGGAGCAGCUGGAUGCAGAGCUGGGGUUGGGGCCAGAGACAUCCCCAGAGCCUCCUGAUGCUCCACCCCCUCCGCCCCUAGGGCCUGACACCCUGUCCGGGGUACAGGCAGACCAAGAGGCUCGGGCCGUGGCAGAGCCACGAGCUGUGGAGAAGCAGUUGCAGGCACAGUAGGAUUUCCUGGCUAGAGGUAUCACGGUCUCCCCCUUUCUUGACUAUGGGGAGGGGCAACGUGUGGGGGAGCUGGCUGUCAGAGGGCAGCCAGUCCACCCUCCUCCUGCCUGCCUGCUGUCCCAGGCCCAGCACAGUCCCUGUGCCUAGGAUUGGUUUUAAGUUUGUAAAUAAUUUUACUUUUGGGUUAGUGGAUGUGAACAGGGCUAGGAAAGUCCUUCCCACAGCCUGCACUUUGCCUCCAUGCCUCAUCUCUGUUCACUCCCUUUCCCCAAACCCUGGUGGUCUCUCUAUUUCCUCCGAUCCUCAGGGACCUGUGCUCCUCUGUCCUCAUGUCCCAUCUGGUUGUUUAGUUCAGGCACUUUAUCAUUUUUCUCUCUUGACCCAUGCUCCUCUCUGCUUAAUUUCCCUGCUGGGUUCUGUCCUUAGCAACUCAGCCCCUGUACUUUGCCAGGUCCUCCCUGAUGUCAGGGAGGUUCCUGUCUGGAAGGUACAGACUCAGCCUGGGUGGUGGGUCAGACCAGUAGUUCUGUGCAUAGAUCACUGUAUCCUUAUAACAUUCUCUAACCUCGCCCCAGUUCAUUCAGCCUUCUGUGCUGCAGGAGAGCAGGGAUCUCAGCACACGCACCAGCACUGCACGAGUGAGCAGGAGCUCUGUCUUGCUGGGAUGAUGGACUCGAGCCAUCCUAGGGAGGAGUAAGGAGACCUCCUCGGGGCCUUGGGUGGUCCAGGUGUGGUGGGACCUCUAGGGUCAGGAAGUGGGUGGUAACAUCUGUGCAGGUGUCGACUGGAAAAAUAAAGUGUUGAUUGCCUGGAA